AUGAGCCUUUUCACGAUUUAUUUGCUUCUUUGCAGCUGUCAGUUCGUCCAUGUUGAAAAUUCCUUUCUUGAUAUCGAUUUCUUGUUCGAUUAUUCUUUACCGGCCACUGAUUUCAUUGACUGUUUUUCAUGCAGUCACUGCUUGCUUGUUAAUAGAUACAUUCCCGAUAAUAUCGAUUUUAGCUUGUAUGAAUGCUGUUUGUUUCACGUCAUAUGUUUAUUUGAGAGCAACUUGAGCAGUUCGCGGGAGGUAUCUAUUUUCUCUUGUUGGAAGUGUAAAUUUAUUUCUAAUAUUUUUCAUACCUUUAUAAUUUUUUCUACUUUAUUUUCAUUCCCUUUCUCUCUCUUUUUCUCACUCCAUCUUUCUAUUUUUCUCGAUCACUUUCUCUCUCUCUCUCUCUCUAUCUAUCUAUCUAUCUAUCUAUCUCUGCCUCUCUCUCUCUCUCUGUUCUACACUUUUCCUCACUCCAUAUUUUGUUUGACCAUUUCUCACUCUCUUUUCAAAUCUGCUUUUCUCUUUUUCUCACUCUGUUUAUAUCCUUUUCUCUCUUCUUUUAAUCGAUUACUAAUCUGUUUCUUUCCUAAUCUCUUUUCUCUCUCGCUUAUUUUCUCCUUUUGCCAUUUCUUAUUUUUUUCUACUUUUCUCGGACACUGUCAUGUUUUCUCUCUCUCUCUCUCUCUCUCUCUCUCUCUCUCUCUCUCUAUCUCUCUCUAUCUAUCUAUCUAUCUAUCUAUUUAUCUAUCUAUCUCUUUCUCCUCUUUUCACUUCAACAUCAUCACUUUUAAUCUCCCCCUCUAUUUAUCAUAG